AUGCAUGCACGUGCUGCAUGUGAAGAACUGAACUUAUUAGAAAACGAUACCCAUUGGGAUACGACAAUCGCUGAGAUGAAUGAGGAGAUACAUAAUCGUGCUUUACUCUUGAUCGAAGAUAUGUGUUACCUCAUGUGCGGUAGUUUAUUAAUCAGGUUAGGAAUGCCAGCGCCCAAUCGUGAAAUGAAUGACGCAUUUAAUCGAGAAUUGGAACGGGAACGUGAAAAUGAUCACCAGGAAUUAGAUUUAGUAGUUCAAAAGAAUGUACCCCUGUUGAAUUCCCAACAAAAGGAAGUUUAUGAUACUUUAAUUAAAGCAAUCGAUGAUGGAAAUGGUGGUUUAUAUUUCCUAGAUGCCCCUGGUGGAACAGGUAAGACAUUCCUCAUGUCAGUAGUUUUAGCCACUGUUGCGUUGCAUUUGCUCCUUUUGGAAUAG